GUGUAGAUGAUAAUAAUAUAAAACGGUUUCUAGCACCCGGAGCGUACUCUCCGGAAAAAGUAAGAUUAGAUAACACGCCGCAAUAUAGCUUCGGCAUUAGGCAUGCUCCGGAUAAAUCUAGUUACACACCAGCACCAGGUACUUAUAGCCCAGAAAAAGUGAAUUUGGACAAAGGGCCACAAUACAGUUUGACUGGCAAAGGUCCCGCUGAAAAACCUACGGAUACGCCAGCACCUGGAGCGUAUUCACCAGAAAAAGUAAGAUUAGAUAAUACGCCGCAAUAUAGCUUCGGCAUUAAGCAUGCUCUGGAUAAAUCUAGUGAUACACCAGCACCAGGUACUUAUAGCCCAGAAAAAGUGAAUUUAAACAAAGGGCCGCAAUACAGUUUGACUGGUAAAGGGCACACUGAAAAACCUGCGGAUACGCCAGCGCCAGGAGCGUAUUCUCCGGAAAAAGUAAGAUUAGAUAAUAUGCCGCAAUAUAGCUUCGGCAUUAAGCAUGUUCCGGAUAAAUCUAAUAACACACCAGCACCAGGUACUUACAGCCCAGAAAAAGUGAAUUUGGACAAAGGGCCACAGUAUAGUUUGACUGGCAAAGGGUCUGCUAAAAAACCUGCGGAUACACCAGCGCCUGGGGCGUAUUCUCCAGAAAAAGUAAGAUUGGAUAAUGUGCCGCAAUAUAGUUUCGGGAUUAGACAUGCUCCGAUUAAACCCAGUGAUACGCCAGCACCUGGAACCUAUAGUCCAGAGAAGAUAAAUUUGGACAAAGGGCCGCAAUAUAGUUUAACUGGCAAAGGAUCCGUUCUGAAAACUAACGAUGUUCCUGCACCUGGCACAUAUAGCCCCGAGAAGGUGAAUUUAGACAAGGGCCCGCAGUACAGUUUGGCCGGAAAAGGGAUGCCGGAAAAAUUAAACGAGAAUCCAGGCCCCGCUGAUUACAAACCAGAGAAAGCGCUAAAUCUGGAACAUAAACCUUAUUACAGUUUUGGUGAUAGGAAAUCUUUGGAUAAAUCUAGAGAUACACCAGGCCCAGCCGAUUACAGUCCAGAGAAAGCUUUAAAUCUGGAACAUAAACCAUAUUUCAGUUUCAGUAAUAGAAAACCUCUUCAUAAAUCCCGCGAUACACCAGGCCCUGAUAGAUACAAUCCAGAAAAAGUUCAACAUUUGGAACAUAAACCUUAUUUUAGUUUCGGUAAUAGAAAACCUUUGCAUAAGUCUAGUGACACACCAGGUAAUUGGUGGAAUUAAUAGAAUGUUAAUAUUGCAUUUGUUCUAACUGAUUGGUUUAUUGUGAAAUGUACAUAAAUGCGAUGUAUGUAUUGUGUGAAUCUAAAGUAGGCAUGCCAUAUAGUCCUAUAUUAAAAUGCUUCUUCAAUCUUUUCCAUUAAUCAUUUGUGAAAGAAACAAUUGUAUCUAUAAUAUUAUAAUAAUGCCUAUGAGAAAGUAAAAAAAUAAAAUAGCUAUCAAAAAUUGG